GGAUCUAAUUCAAAUCAGUCAGCGCAAAGCCGAAUUCAAUUUCUAACCUCAUACUACGGCAUCGUCAUUGUACCAGAAAUUCCCGACGCAGCCUGCUGUCGGGUUUCAGCCAACGCUCUCUCAGCCCGCUAUACUAGCGGUUGCCGUCUUAUAUCGUCGUAAGAUAUAAGAUAGCACGGCAUCUGGGCUCUUAGCAUUUUCCUAAUCUUCCGCACUCGAUAAUUAUCUCGCCUUCUUUCCGAUCCUUACGCCUACGGUUGGUAACAAGCCUCCACGGUUUCCUACCGCCCACCAUGUCAACCAUAUUACGACGGUCGGCUGGCCUCGCGCGGAUCACUAGCAUUUCAUUUAGUGCUUCUGCCCGCGCGAGUGUACGCACAACCCGUCUUUUACGCACAUCGCAGUCUGCUUGGCUACCCCAACAACCUCGUUACUAUGCCGACAAGAAGUCCGAAGAUUCCGAUGGCAAGAAAAAUGCUAGUCAGAAUGGAGCGUCAUCAUCGAAGAACCAUUCAUCAAAGCCUGGAAUGAAAACUACGGGCUCGCCGGGUCCAACGGAGGGCGAGGCACCAGCAAAAUCCGGCGCAGGAAAGGGAGAUAGGUUACCACUACCUGAGGGCUGGGUGCAUCUCACUGAUGAGGAAAUCAACACCCUUACUGAAACCUUUAUAAAAUUUCCCGGGCCAUUUAACAUGGACAAGCCCGUUUUGAAGACUAUAAGAAUAACGGGGGUACCAAUCCAGCUGCAAGAAUUGAUCCAGAAGUAUAGGAACAAAACCAUUACGAUUGUAGACUUUGGCAAGGCAAUGAAGAGUAUAAAUACUUUGGCUUCGCGAAUUAGGGAAUUGCAUUUAGACGAUAUACAUGAGCAACUAAGCGCGAAGGAGCCAAGAGAGGAAAAGACAUCGCAAGGGACGAAACGGUCACAGCAACAGCAACAGCAACAGCAACAGAAACAAGGAGACAAGCAAGGCUCUGAAAAGGGCGAAGGCAAAUUUGGUGGGUUCAAAUCAAAUAACCCGAACCAGAACAAACCACCUCCGCCUCAACCCGACAACAAUAAUGCUUGGAAAAACGACUGGCUUACAACAAUUAUGGGUUCGGCUGUCGCUUAUUGGCUCUACAAUUCCUUAUUCGACGGUGAUGGCCGAGAAAUGUCAUGGCAGGAGAUCAGGAAGAACUUCAUAGAGAAGGGUCUCGUUGAAAAACUGGUCAUUCAGGGUCACAGAGUCCGCGUCGAGCUUAAUCGAGAUGCGGCUCGAUCUAUGUAUCCUGAAUCGGCUGCGACUCGCCCUGGCUUCCAUUACUACUUCACGAUUGCCUCCGCCGACGCUUUCGAAAAGCGUCUAGAAGACGUUCAGAAUGAACUUGGAAUCCCCACAAGCGAGAGAAUACCCGUGAGCUACGCUGGCGAGAACCCGCUCUUCAACAUUGUACUAGCGUUCGGUCCCACUCUAGCGCUUGUCGGCCUGCUCAUCUGGGCUUCACGACGCGGUACAGGUGGUGCUGGCGGAUCGGGCGGUGUUUUUGGGUUUGGCAAGAGCAAAGCAAAGCGCUUUAGUCACGAGACAGCGAUUAAAGUCAAGUUCUCAGAUGUCGCCGGUAUGGACGAGGCUAAGCAAGAGAUUAUGGAAUUCGUCAGCUUCCUUAAAAGGCCAGAAAGGUUCGAGAAGCUUGGCGCAAAGAUCCCGCGCGGCGCAAUUCUUGCCGGACCCCCUGGAACAGGUAAGACGUUACUUGCGAAAGCCACUGCCGGCGAAUCAGGUGUGCCGUUCUAUACCGUGAGCGGUUCGGAGUUUGUCGAGAUGUUUGUUGGUGUCGGUGCGUCUAGGGUCAGGGAUCUUUUCGCCACGGCGCGCAAGAAUGCCCCAUGCAUCGUUUUCAUCGAUGAGAUUGAUGCCAUCGGUAGAUCUCGUGCUGAGGGCCAACGGUUCGGAGGUAACGAUGAACGAGAAGCCACGCUCAACCAAAUUCUUACGGAGAUGGAUGGUUUCAAUACUACCGAUCAGGUUGUCGUUCUCGCUGGUACUAACCGAGUAGAUGUCCUGGACAAGGCCCUGAUGCGACCCGGUCGUUUUGAUCGACACAUCAACAUCGACGCCCCAACGAUGAAAGGACGACAGGAUAUAUUUAAAGUUUACCUUAAGAAGAUCGUGACUAAUGAGGACAUCGAAUAUCUGAGUGGCCGGCUCGCAUCUCUAACACCAGGUUUCGCUGGUGCGAAUAUAGCGAACGUUGUAAAUGAGGCUGCCCUCAUCGCCGCAAGGGGUAAUGCUACGUCGAUCACAUUGUUGCACUUUGAACAAGCUAUUGAGCGUGUCAUCGGCGGUCUUGAGCGCAAGUCGCUUGUUUUACAUCCGAAAGAGAAGAGGACUGUAGCCUACCACGAGGCGGGGCAUGCUAUCUGUGGUUGGUUUUUCAGAUAUGCCGAUCCUCUAUUGAAGGUUUCGAUCAUACCUAGAGGUAAAGGUCUAGGAUAUGCGCAGUACCUACCGGGAGACGCUUAUCUAAUGACCUACGAGCAAUUGAUGGACCGAAUGGCCAUGACGUUAGGCGGUCGUAUCUCAGAAGAAAUUCACUUCCCCACGGUGACUACGGGGGGUAGUGACGAUUUUGACAAGGUGACUCAAAUGGCUACGGCCAUGGUAACGAAAUGGGGCAUGUCAGAAAAGGUUGGGCCACUACAUUUCCGGAACGACGAGAGUAGGGUGUAUAAACCUUUCUCGGAGGAAACGGGUCGAAUGAUCGACGCGGAGGUGAGACGGAUUGUUGAGCAGGCGUACAAGAAGUGCAAAGAUCUCCUGCUAGAGAAGAAGAAGGAAGUAGGAAUAAUCGCAGAGGAGCUGUUGAGGAAGGAGGUAUUGGUUCGAGACGAUAUGGUUCGGUUAUUAGGGCGUCGACCAUUCGAUGAUAGAGAUGACUUUUCUAAGUAUUUCGGUGCCGAUGCCAAGCCACCACCGGCACCAACCCCACCGCCAGAGCUCCCCGGCACGCCAGAGCCUCCUUCUAGUCCUGCGUUAUUCAAGGAAGAUAACGGCGAGAUAAGGAGGUAACAAUCUUUUGUAUAUACGACCUCAUAUCACGCACGGACGGGGAGUUGUCGAGGGUUAAGGGCUGCUGUCAUGAUUUAUGAUGACUCGAAGCUCUCAACUCAUUCUAUGUAUGUUCUAUUACUAACGAGA